UCAAUCUCAUAUGAAAAUUCUCCAAAUAAGAACCGACGCCCAAACCGACUAGUGACCAAGAAACGCAAACUUGAAAUUGUGUGUUUCGAUAUGGAAUUGCAGGCUUCCGGGGUUUUAAGAUCCGGCGGAGCAGACGGUUCAAUCAGGUGGACCCAGUUUCGGACCCGAAUGUUGAACCCUUGUUGUGCGAAAACGUAUUAGAAUUAAGGAGGAGAGGUGGGGAAAUAACAGUUAUUUUAUUAGUCAACACGUGGUUCGGCAGGCGCAGGCUAAGGCUGGUGAGUGUGACCACUGAGUUGGCGCAAUUUAGCAUUGUAUGGUAACGUAGAUGUUGAGCUGUAAAAUUGUCGUUUUGAGACUUUGAGUUGUGAGCGAGGGAUAUAAAAAGUGUCACGUUGUCCUCAUAAACCUCCUCGUGGGUGGGUCUGUUUUCCAAAAAAGAAAUACAAAAACAAAAACUCAGGCAUUGCCGAAAGAGAGACAGAACCGAGAACGACCGGGAAGGACCAGCCGGUGUUUGUCGUUUCCGCCGGAAAUGGUCGAUCAGUUCGUGAUUGGUUGGAUCUCAGUCUCUUUUCUCAGCCUUCUUGCUUUCUACAAUCUUGUUCUCAAGAAGAACAAGAUUCCGAAGGAUUCUUCGGACAAGAUAACCGAAUGUAUCCAGAAUGACAUCACGGCCAUUAACGGCGAAUGCCGAUCCAAAGAUGGCGACGUCGACGUAAUUAUUGUCGGAGCCGGUGUCGCUGGUUCUGCUCUUGCUCACACACUCGGCAAGGAUGGACGUCGAGUGCAUGUGAUUGAAAGAGACUUAACGGAGCCAGACAGAAUUGUUGGUGAACUACUGCAACCUGGAGGCUAUCUCAAAUUAAUUGAGCUGGGACUUCAAGAUUGUGUAGAGGAAAUUGAUGCCCAGCGUGUCUUUGGAUAUGCUCUUUUCAAGGAUGGAAAAGACACUCGGCUGUCUUACCCCUUGGAGAAAUUUCAUUCCGAUGUGGCUGGAAGGAGCUUUCACAAUGGGCGUUUCAUUCAGAGGAUGCGGGCAAAAGCUGCUUCUCUUCCGAGUGUACAACUAGAGCAAGGAACGGUUACUACACUGCUUGAAGAAAAUGGAAUAGUUAAAGGGGUGCAAUACAAGACGAAGACUGGCCAAGAAAUGGCGGCAUAUGCGCCUCUGACUAUUGUUUGUGAUGGCUGUUUCUCAAACUUACGCCGUUCGCUUUGCAAUCCUAAGGUAGAUGUGCCAUCUUGUUUUGUUGGUUUAGUUUUGGAAAACUGCAACCUUCCAUAUGUAAAUCACGGGCAUGUUAUACUAGCAGAUCCUUCUCCCAUUUUGUUCUAUCAAAUUAGUAGUACAGAAGUUCGCUGUCUGGUUGAUGUUCCAGGACAGAAGGUUCCUUCUAUUUCAAAUGGUGAAAUGGCGAAGUACUUGAAGGCUGUGGUGGCUCCUCAGAUUCCUCCUCAAAUUUUUGAUUCCUUUGUGGCUGCAAUUGACAAGGGUAACAUAAGGACAAUGCCGAAUCGGAGCAUGCCUGCUUCUCCCCACCCUACCCCUGGAGCCUUGCUAAUGGGAGAUGCAUUUAACAUGCGCCAUCCUCUUACCGGUGGAGGAAUGACUGUAGCAUUGUCUGAUAUUGUUGUCCUUCGUGAUCUUCUGAAGCCUUUACAUGACUUAAAUGAUUCAUAUAAUCUCUGCAAAUACCUUGAAUCUUUUUACACUUUGCGUAAGCCAGUAGCAUCCACUAUAAACACAUUGGCUGGAGCUCUGUACAAGGUCUUUUGUGCUUCACCUGAUCAAGCAAGGAAGGAAAUGCGUGAUGCUUGCUUCGAUUAUUUAAGCCUAGGUGGUAUUUUCUCAACAGGACCAGUGUCUCUUCUUUCAGGAUUAAACCCUCGUCCACUGAGCUUGGUUCUUCAUUUUUUUGCUGUUGCAAUAUUCGGUGUUGGUCGAUUGUUGCUUCCAUUUCCAUCGCCUAAGCGCAUGUGGAUUGGAGCAAGAUUGGUUUCGAGUGCAUCAGGAAUCAUCUUCCCGAUUAUCAAGGCCGAAGGAGUAAGGCAAAUGUUCUUCCCUGCUACUGUUCCAGCUUAUUACAGAGGCCCUCCUGCUAAGUGAAAUCCAGUUGGUUGAACAUUACAAAGACACAACCACACUAGAGAAGGCAAAAGUUGAGUCUGUUGUCAUCAUACACAUUCAUUAUCCUAUUUGUACCUCUCGUCCCCCUCCCCAUGCUCAAAAUGAAUUUGGGGAACAGUGUAAUGCUUCACCACUACUUGUGCAGUAUGCGAAGGUUUUAGUUUCUAGGACUGUUAAUGUUAUUUUUAAUGUAUAAAUAUCAUUUCAAAAUAUCAAAAAAAAAAAAAUGUCAUUUCAAAA